AUGGAGAUGAAUGAUCAUCAUGAAGAAGAUCGAUCACCAAUCGAUAAUAUUCCAACUUCGACUGUUACAUCUUUAUAUACAAAUGGAUAUCCAUUCAUAAAAAGUCCAUCUGAUGUCAUCAAAUCUCAUUUUUCGAAUGGAUUUUGUCAUCGUUUACAAUAUAAAUUCAAAUCCAAACUUGAUCCUUUUGAAUUAAUAAGUAAAAAAGAAUUGGAUAUUGCCGCUGAAUUUAGUCGAUUUCCUUACCGUCCAAGUAACCUUUUUCUCAAGAUUUUUUACAAUGUGAUUCGCACUCUUGAAUACGAUCCAUUAGGUGGUCGUGUCUCUCCAUCAUUAAUCGGUUCAUCAGGAAUAAUUCCUUUGACAAUAAUUUCUACUAUCCCUGAUAUAAUGCGUCAUUAUUAUCAAGUUAUCGUCAAUGCUCAGAAAGAGAUUCUCUUCGCAACAAUGUAUUGGGAAAGAAGUGAAAGUGCGAAUGUCAUUCGUCGCGCUUUUCAAGAUUUAGACAAACGGGCGAAUGCCGAACAUCGUCAUGUGAUUAUCAAAUUGAUGAUCGAUCAUCCAAAUAUNACGAAUAAUCAUCGUAUUCAAAUGUUUAAACAAGGACAGUUGCAUGGAAUAACUGUUGCAGGAAGUACAUCAGAGAAGAUCACCACUGGUCUGAAUCAUCCAACUGGAAUUACUCUCGAUGGUGAUGGUUAUUUAUAUAUUGCUGAUAGUUUUAACAAUCGUAUUGUUCGAGGAAAGGGAAAUAGUUUUCGAUGUAUACUUGGAUGUGUGACUCCGGGUUCCGAGCCGCAUAAAUUGAAAGGACCACGGCAUAUGGCCUUUGAUAGUUAUGGAAAUAUUUAUGUUGUUGAUACAGAUAAUCAUCGAAUACAAAAAUUCAGUUUUUUUAAAAAAUCAUGUGAAUCAUCUGUCAUGAUCACAAGUACACCCGUGCUUUCACAUUCAACAACGAUUCUACUCAAAUAUUCAAUGCUCUACUUGAUGCUUUUUAUGUUUUGUAUUUAA